AUGGAUGAAAAAAAUUUCUAAUUACAUCAAUGCGUUGAUUGGGAAAGGGAACUCUCCAUUUUUAUAAAAGGUUAAUUAAAGUUCAUACAUGAAUAAUACUCCAAUAAUACUGAUGACUGA